ACGACGUUAACGUACCCUUUGUUAUUGUAUUAACGUAUUUUCCUCCGUUUUUUGAUGAAAUAUUUUGUGAAUUUAUGUGAAUAGUCAGCAGCAAUGACGGGUAUUGCGGGAGAGUCAACAAUUUCCAAAAAUGAUGCUGAUGUUCGAAAAUCAGCGGAGGAAAUGGACGAGCAGAGGCAGAAAACGAUGGCCUAUGAGUACUUGUGCCACCUCGAAGAGGCUAAAAAGUGGAUGGAGGCAUGUUUGAAGGAGGAGUUACCCCCGACUACUGAACUGGAGGAGAACCUGAGGAAUGGAGUCUACUUGGCCAAACUAGCGCACUUUAUGGAACCAGGGAAGCUGCCGUUGAGCAAAAUUUAUGACAUUGAGCAGAGGAGAUACUCCAUCGCAGGACUGCAAUUCCGGCAUACUGAUAAUAUCAAUCAUUUCUUGAUGUGCUUGAAGUCAAUGCAGUUACCUCUGACCUUCCAGCCGGAAACGACGGACAUCUACGACAAGAAGAACAUGCCCCGCGUGAUCUACUGCAUCCACGCCCUCAGCACCCACCUCUUCAAGCUGGGCAGGGCCCCCCAGAUCCAAGACCUCUACGGAAAAAUAAACUUCACAGACGCCGAGAUCGACACAGUGAGCGCAGAGCUCAAGAAAUACGGCAUUCAGAUGCCAGCAUUCCAGAAGAUCGGGGGCCUCCUGACGAACAGCAUGGCAGGGGACACCGCAGCGCUGCACGCAGCAGUGAUCGCGAUAAACCAAGCGCUGACAUCCUCCAACAAGAAGUCAAUGCUCACAGGUCUCCAGAAUCCCUCAGCCCGUCUCCGCAACGUCAAUCCCGCCCACAUGAACGACUACUACGAAGCCCUGCAGACCGCCAAGGACUCAAAAACCCAAGCAGCCCUCAACAGAUCCUUCAACGACAGUUACAUUCCCGACGCCUACGACGAACUACUGACCCCAGCGGAGAUCCAGGGCCACCUGAACAACGUCAACGCCCGCCUGGCCUUCCAAUCAGUCAUGAAUUCCCUGGACUCCCCCGACGAAACCCUAAUAAAACACCUGAAGUCCCCAGCCCUCGAGCUGCAGGAGAUCCUCCCCGAGAACGUCGAUCGUUACCGAGAGGUCCUCUUCCCCGUGAUCAACCAAAUAAACCCCAGCGAAGACACCGAGGCGACCAGCAGACACUGGCAGGAGCUGUUGCAAUCAAAAAUAUCCGAAGCGAACGAGAUGGAGCGAAAACUGGCGAAAAGAGAGGCCCUCCUCCUAGCCCUGAACAGAGCCCUCGAAGAGGACGACAUGAACGCCUGCUACCUGACCCUCCUGAGCCCCGACCUGGGCCUCGGCGAUCAGGUCGACAGAUUCGCCCUUCGUUUGUACUUCGAGGAGAUGAAGAUCGAUCACCUGGAGUCCCAGACCAACAUCUCCUACGACGACCUCUUGAACAGCCUCAAUGUUCUCAACGCUGUGGCAGCAGUCACAAAGGCCGUGGACACAGGCAACCCCGACCUAGUUUUCGAGGCACUGUCGAAUCCCGAAGCCCACGUCGACGACCUUGACGAAGCCCACAAGGUGAAGUACUAUCGUGCACUGGCAGCACUUCGGUCUGACCACAAAAACGACAUCGAGGACUGUCCCCUCCUGGCUUACGUCGACAUUCAGGACUGCGUAGAUCUCGUCAACCUGCGAUGCAGGAAUGCAAACGAGGCCAUCAACAUCCUGAGGGACUUGAACCUGGCUGUGAGCACUAACAAUCGCAGUGGGGUGAUGGAGGCCCUGACCAACCCCUCCCUAAAAUUGAAGACCCCAAUCUCUCGUGUGGACGCCUCUCUGUACCUGGUGCUGUUCAAACGUUGCCUCAACGAGAACCACAGAGAUGGCUCUGAGCUCUGGCUCGACGAUAUUGAAAACGUUGCCCAGGCAGUGGCAGCAGAGGCUCAACAGGUGCAGCACGCCUGCCACGUUCUGUGGGAAAUCAACAAGAACCUCAAGCUGAAUGACUUCAACGGGACGAUAGCGAGUCUGGAGAAGACUGGGCUCAAGGUCUCCGAACAGUACAAGCAGAGGUACUUCCAGGCGUUGAAGGCCCUCAGGGGCUACAAGGAGAGCCAGUACAAGUGCCCUUUCGUUCGCUACGUCACCCCCACGAAGAUCGAGUCAUUCCUGGACCUGGAGAAGUUCAACUACACGUGGGACAAGCCCAAAACCAUCUCCGAGAGCCACUUCGUGACUAAAGAGGACAUUGAGGACAUCAUCAGGACGAUAACUGUGGAGGAGUACAACAUACCGUCAGGGAGGUUCAACGAGAAACUGAUAAUUCACCUUCAGGCGCUGAUUCGAGGGUAUUUGGUGCGCCAGAGAAUCGCAAAUCGUCUCGAGUACUUCCACGAUAAUGUUCAAAAAAUUGUCAAGAUUCAGGCCUGGUGGAGGGGAGUCCUGCACCGUCGAUCGUACAGGAAGAAGCUCGUGGAGAGGAUCAGGGAUGCAAGAGGAAGGCUGAAGAGACAACGAGAUCGUAACGAUUAUUAUCGUCAGCACGAGGACAAGAUCGUCAAGAUCCAGGCGUUCUGGAGGGGCAGAUCAGCUCGAAGAGCCUUCCUCUCACUCCUGAGGAUGGAGAAGCCCCCGUUUCCAGUUGUCAGACACUUCUCAGCCAUUCUCAACUUCAACGCCGAGGAUUACGACAAGGAUCUGCAGCUGCAGCAGCUGAAGAACGACGUUGUGCAGACGAUAAGGUACAAUCAGAAUUUGUCACAGCAGUUGGACAGCAUGGACAUCAAGAUUGGGCUGCUCAUCCAGAACAGGAUAACGCUGCAGGAUGUCAUAGCGCAUGGGAAGAGUCUGGAGACGCUCGCUAAGGAGAAGCACCAGCAUCGAUCACGAAAGAACUCAAUCUCCGAAAAUUUGAGCAGCCACAAGGGUCUGAAAUCCCUGACGAAGGAGGGGAGAAAGAUGCUGGAGGGCUAUCAGCACUUGUUCUACGCUUUGCAAACAAACCCGGAGUACUUGUCGAAGCUAUUGUUCCUGAUACCCCAGAGUAAGACGAAUAAGUUCCUGCAGAAUGUCAUUCUGACCCUCUACAACUUCGGUUCUAACAUCAGGGAGGAGUAUCUUCUCCUCAAGCUCUUUGGCAGGGCUCUGCAGGAGGAAAUAAGAUCGAAAUUUCAGAAGCCGUCAGAAGUGGUCACUGGAAAUCCUCUGGUCCUGAAAAUGGUCGUCCAUUAUGCUCGACAGUUAAACGGUCGAGCCCUCCGUCAGAUCCUGGGACCGGUGAUUGAGAGAGUCUUGUCAGACAGAUCUGUAAACAUCGAGACGAACCCAGUGGACAUCUACAAGAGCUGGAGGAACCAGCUGGAGAUGGAGAAAGGGGAGACCCUAGAUCUCCCCUAUUCUGUGAACCACCAGCAGGCCCUGAACAACGAUCAAGUGCGUCAGAGAUUGCAUCGGGGCAUUGAAACCCUCAAGGACAUGGUGAUGGAAUUCCUCAAUCGAAUAACAGAGUCGAGGGACAUAAUCCCUUAUGGAAUGCUCUACAUGUCGAAGGUGCUGUACGACACUCUUGCUGAGAAGUUUCCUCAAGCCCCCGAGAAGGACAUCCUCAAGGUCGUGGGCAAUUUGAUUUACUAUCACUACAUUAAUGCUGCCAUUGUGGCACCUGAUGCCUUUGACAUUGUCACAUUACCAGUGGAUCGCUCACUGUCAAACGAUCAGAGGAGGAAUUUAGCUAGUAUCGCGAAAAUUCUGCAGUUCGCAGCCUCCAAAAAGGGAUUUGGGGACGAGGCGACACACCUCAUGUGCCUCAAUCCCUUCAUCAUCGACUGUCACGAGAGGUUCAAGAAGUUCUUCAGGUCCUGCUGUCAGAUACCAGCGCUGGACGAGCACUUCAGCAUUCAUGAGUACACAGAGGCCACUCUCAUUCACAAACCAGAGAUUUAUAUAUCUGUUCAAGAGAUCUGCGACACUCACAGUCUCGUGCUUGAGUAUCAGUACGAGAUAGCUCCGGAUCCGAUGGAUCCACUCCACGAGCUGUUGGAUGAUCUCGAGGCAGCACCCACUGUUGCUUCGUUGAUGGGGAUAACUGAGCCAGUUUGUGAAGCUACCUUGACACGAAUGGGGAAGACAGAGGUGUGUCUCGUUCUGACGAACAGAUUUGAGGUUCCUGAUACUGAUGAUCAGAGUCUCCAGAAGCUGUUCAUUAAAACUAAGGAAUUGUUGGUGUCAGUGUUGCAAUUUCUCAAAGGGGACACUCUCGUGGCUGCUCUCGAGGCUCCCUGUCCAUCCCCAGUGCAGGAGAAAUUGUACGAUGCCAAGUACUCAUCAAUCUCACCAUCAACGAACAUGAAUAUGGGCAAAGGGAGUUCGUCCCUGAAUGACUGCAGACAUCAGUUGAGAGCGUAUCUACUGAAGCUCGAACAAGGGGGCUGGGUGUCUAGGGCUGAUGGCUAUCAGAGUAUCGUGACAGCUGUUGCCAAAGACCUCUGCAAUAAGGGAAAGUACCGAGCGAUGAGGAACAGAGAGCUGCAGACACUGAGGUUGACCAGACAACGACUCCAGGAGAAGACGAAAUAUUACGCUGAGCAGGUGGAGUAUUACAAUGAAUACACUCAACGAUGUCUGGAGAAUCUCCACACUGGGAGGGGCUCCAUGCGAGCAGUCAAGGUCACGCAGAAGAGUAAUCAUGGGAAAUUGAGGUCUAAAGCUACUUUGAAAUAUUCAGCAGCUAAACUCGCUGAGAAGGGGGUUUUGUUGGAGAUCGUUGGACUGUCACAGUCACAAUUUAAAAAUGUUAUUUUUGAGAUCACACCUACUGAGCAGAACGGAAUUUUCACGAUCAAGGGGAAGUUCAUGGGGGUGGAGAUGGAGAAAAUUGAGAUUGACAUUCAGAACUUACUCGAGUUGCAGUUUGAGGGGGCUCCUAUUAUGGAUAUGUUCGGAAAGGCGAAGAUCAAUGUUAAUCUGCUGCUGUACUUGCUCAAUAGAAAAUUCUAUGGGAAAACGUAAAUUCUAGGGGGUUUAUUUGAUAUUAUGUAUUUUUGUAAUUUUUUUAAAAAAUAUGUGAAGAUUGAAUCAAUUUGUGAAUGUGAAUUAUUGUAAAUAUCUAUAUUUAUAAGAUUUCAUAUUUUAAUAAUACAAUGUUUCUUAAUAACUAUUAUAACAUGAGAAGUCAGUAUACUCACUUUUGUGACAGUGCAACGCAGAUAAUAUCAAGAUUUUUCCUUUAAAUUCAUUAAAUGCUACUGGCCAUCGAGCAAGUCCAGGCGCAUGAAGAACGAUAAAAUGAGUUGAAUAAAAAUAUUAAAAAUACAGCGUAGAAUAGUCUGAAUAUUUGAGUUUUGAAUUCUUUUCAUGAGUUUUGUGACAUUCAAUAGGUAAAGCCCGCUUUUUCCCCCAAUUAAAAAAUACCUAAUUAAUUAGAAAAUACUCAUCUUCGUUGCACUGUCAAAGUAAGAUAAGGCAUAUUCCCAACUAAUAUUUUAUAUUUUUUUCUUGUCACUCAUUGUAUUAAUUCAAUUAUUUAAUCUUUCAGCAUGUAAAUUUAAU